AUGGGUGAAAAGGAGACACGGACAAUUCAAUGGCAUACUAAUGCCCUAAGAAUUGACUUUUUGAUUAACAAGGACGGCGUCAUCUGCGUUGAUCGUAUCUUGCCAACCACUGUGGAGCCAUCUCCACAUUCUUCGCCUAAUUUCGAAUCGUCUGAGCUUCCGCUCGUCAGCAUCCGUGUGAGCGGCGAAGGCAGUGGUGACAUCAAAACGGCCAAGACGCUCGUUGGCACCACCCUUUCUGACCGACUGCGGUACCAGAGCCACAGAAUCAUCAAAAGUGACGACGGCUCUCAAGAGACGCUGAUUAUCGAGUGUAGCGACGAUGCCACAAACAUUCAUGUGGAAGCUAGGUUCACCAUCUACGGCAGCAUUCCCGUGGUGCGCGCCCAAACCACCGUUACAAACCAGUCCACCAGCAAUGCAGACAUCGUCCUCACCAACAUAUCCACUCUGACGGUGGGUAACAUGACGUCCACUUCUUACCGAUGGUUUGAGGAUUACUCACUCCUCUACGCCAACAGUACCUGGUUCCGCGAGGGGCAAUGGGAGGAGCGCUCCCUCCCAAGCGUCGGUCUCGACAACAACGGCAUCCUGGAGCUGGGAGACGGCCUCCUGGCUUCGCUUGCCCACUUCGAGCUGAGCUCCCGCGGAUCCUUUUCCACGGGUGGUCAUCUUCCCAUGGGCGCUCUCAAACACAAAAACAAUGAGGACACAUGGAUGUGGCAGGUCGAGCACAAUGGAUCGUGGAGAUGGGACCUAGGCGACUUCAAAGAUAGCAUCUACCUUGCCGCCGGCGGACCUAUGCUGAGCAGCCACGGCUGGAAGAAGCGGUUGUCACCUGGCCAGUCUUUCACGACUGUUCCAGUUGCUUGCUGUCGCGUCCAGGGCGACGAACAGGCGGCCUUCGCAGCUAUGACUGACUACAGGAGGCAAAUUCGAAGGCCGCACGACGACAUGGAAAGAAUGCCAAUCAUCUUCAAUGAUUAUAUGAACUGUCUCAUGGGAGACCCAGAUGAGGACAAAGUACGCGCGCUGCUGGAUCCAGUCGUGCAGCUCGGCGCCGAGUAUUUUGUGAUAGACGCUGGUUGGUACGCCGACGACGGCAACUGGUGGGACGACGUGGGUCUGUGGGAGCCGUCCACCAAGCGCUUUCCGUCAGGCUUCAUGAAGCUUAUGGACGACAUCCGAAGCAAGGGACUGAUUCCCGGCCUAUGGCUCGAGCCAGAGGUAGUCGGCGUCCGGAGCCCUGUAGGCAGCCAGCUGCCCGACGAGGCUUUCUUCCAAGAGGAUGGUCAUCGUGUGGUGGAGAAACGACGCUGGACACUUGACUACCGCCACCCCGAAGUUAUAGCCUGGAUGAACAAGGUUAUGCAUAACCUCAUCGACCACUAUGGUGUCAGAUAUUUCAAGUUCGAUUAUAACAUCGACGUGGUGCAGGGCACCGAUGUGGAUGGCCAAGGUACCGCAGGUGCCGCCCAUCUCGAGCACCAGCGCGCCUAUCUAGCCUGGGUCAGGGCACUUCUGGACAACUACCCCGGCGUCGUCAUUGAGACAUGCUCUGGAGGGGCGAACCGUCUCGACUACGCCAUGCUGGCCGUCCACUCAAUCCAGUCCACGAGCGACCAGCAGGAUCCUAAGCUCUACGCGGCGAUCGCAGCCGCAUGUCCCACGGCUGUGACUCCGGAGCAGAGCGCCAGCUGGGCCUACCCUCAGCCCGGAUGGAGUGAUGAGCUCAAUGCUCUGAGUGUCGUCAAUAGUAUGAUGGGUCGCGUCUACCUAUCCGGCCGCGUCGACCUGCUCAGUGACAAUCAGCUGGCCAUCGUCAAAGAGGGCUUGGAAGUCUACAAGAGUAUGCGAGGAGACCUGCGUCAUGCGCACGCCGCGUGGCCCUUGGAUCUACCCAAAUGGCACGACGAUUGGAUGGCUCUAGCCUUAACUUCGGCAGAUGGCAAGACUACCUACCUCGCUGUCUGGAGACGAGAUGGGCCGACUGAGAUGAAUCUCUCGCUUGGAAAAGGGUUGAGGACACACAAGGACAGCAGGAUCAGUGUGCUUUACCCGUCCAGGUUUACAACGAAGGUGGAAUUGGCCGGUGCUGACAGCACGCUGCGGUUGCAACUCCCAGAGGAACCUUGCGCGCGCAUUUUGAAGAUUGAGCGAUGA